CCGCCAUGACCUACACGGCGGAGCAGCUGGACGGCGUGCGGAGAAUAAAGCGGUGUCGGAACUACUAUGAAAUUCUGGGGGUGGAGAGGGACGCCAGCGAGGAGGACCUGAAGAAAGCCUACCGCAAACUGGCCCUGAAAUUCCACCCUGACAAGAACCGCGCUCCCGGAGCAACGGAAGCUUUUAAAGCAAUAGGCAAUGCUUUUGCAGUUCUGAGCAACCCCGAAAAACGAUUACGAUACGAUGAAUUCGGAAGUGACCAAGAGCGUGUCAGCACUGGCCAGGCCAGGCACUAUAAUUACUACACAGAAUUCGAAGCAGACAUUACACCAGAAGAAAUAUUCAAUGUGUUUUUUGGUGGGCACUUUCCUACAGGAAAUAUCCAUAUGUUCUCAAAUGUAGCCAGAGAUGCGCACUAUUAUCCACGGAGGCACCGAAAUGAAAGAGCAUGGACGCAGGAGCAAGAGGAGGAAGAAAACAGGCCACAGAAUUCAUAUUCUGCGUUUAUUCAGUUGAUGCCGGUUUUCAUAAUAAUAAUAGUGUCAGUUAUAACUCAGCUUAUGGCCACAAAUCCACCCUACAGCCUAUUCUACAAAUCGUCCAUAGGCCAUGUUAUUGGUAGAGAAACAGAGAACUUGCAGGUGCCUUACUAUGUUGAUAAAAACUUUGAAAAGAAUUAUCAAGGAGCAGAACUUCAAGAGCUAGAGAAAACCGUUGAAAAAGAUUACAUAGACUAUAUUCAGACCAGCUGCUGGAAGGAGAAACAGCAAAAGUCUGAUUUGUCAAAUUUGGCCAAGCUAUACAGAGAUGAGCGCUUAAAACAGAAAGCAGAAUCACUGAAACUUGAGCACUGUGAGAAGCUCUCCAGUCUGAUUGGAAUGCACAAAGGGGGCUGACCAGGACACACACUUUCUGUAGUUUUAUUUAUUGCUGUUUUAACUUACGUUUUUAUUUUCCUUUGUAUAAAAAGGGAAGGAGUCUGUUGUAAAGAGUCUGAACAUUCAAUUCCUUCUGCAUAUAGUGCAGAGAUGGGCCAACACAAGCUGUAAAGCAGGUGUUUGCUGUGAUGUACUGUACACUAUAUUUGGUUCCAAGGACCAGUAGCACUUUGUAAAUGAAUUCCCUGGGAGACGCUAUUAGUUUGGAACCUGUCUUCAUCGGUAGUUUGUCUGCCAUCCAAACGGUAUAUACUUCCCAGGAGAGCAGAGAAAUGUCUUCGCUUUCUGUAUUUUACAUGGACCUGCAAUUCACUCGAUGAUAGGAACAGCGUAGUUCCCAGUAUCAAACAGGCUAGCCUUCUCCUGCUGAUACCAAGCGGAUGUCCUGGCUUCUGCAGUGGUUUGUAAGGAGAAUUUAGACGGACAGCGGCGUGUUUCCUGGUGUCCGAGUGUAGUACGAAAUGCUUCAUUCAGAAGAGUCAAGUACCUGCCUCAGGUGAGCCCGUGAGCAGGCUCCCGGCUCUCCCUGCUGUCAAAGGGACGUAACCCUGUGCUUGCCUGACAGGAGGGCCGUGCCGGUUCUGUUCCUCGGUGAGACAACACGCUGAGAGGCCAGCGGCAGCAUCCAACAAGAAGAUGAGAGUCUGUGAAUUGCAGCAAUUCCAGUGUCUGCCAGACUGUAGAGAAAGGACAACCGUAUUUAUUUCCUCAUAUGUUUUCAGUGGCAUAUUUUUAAGCAGGCUGUUUAAUUCUGAUUUUUAUCUGCAAACUCUUCUCCAGCUGUUACAGGGGUCCUGCUUUUUCUGGUACAGUUUUGAUGUAGCAUAUUUUUACUCUGUUGAGCAGUUAUGAAUGUUUCACUGUAGAGAUUAGUAUUGCAAAGAAAAAGAUCCGUGUAGUAGUGUCCUGUUUUUUCUUGAUCCUCCUUUACGAAACCAGGCAUUUAAAGGCAGAUUGAGGAUGGGUUAUACUCAUCAGCAGCAGGGAACAGAGCAUCGUUGCUCCAAUCGAGCAUCUUUAACCUCCUGAGCCGGUUUCUGUGGUGGGGUGUCGCGGGUGUGUACCACACGUGGCAUGAACUGUUCUUACACAGGACAUCUCCAAGCGGUACAGGCGCUGGAGGUGCAGGCUUCUGCCCCCACUUCCUCAUGUGGGGACUUGGCGUAGCCGCAGCAGAGGCAAUGCUCGCCUCUCUGACGUGGAGGUACGUGUCUAUUAAAAUUAACAACUCUCCGUUGUUGCCCCCGUUCCUAAAACUCGCUACGAGUAGCGCAGGACGCCACUGAUGGCCUCGGCUUAAACCUAGGAAAGCAAAAGUGCUCAAAAUUUUGAGAAAUGCCAGAAUUAAAACUGCCUUUAAACCUCCAAGUCUCCACGUGCCUGGGUGUUACGGUGCAGCCUGCCCCUGCACCGAGGGUGUCCCGCUGGCAUGAUGCACAAGGCGGCUGUACUGGGAGCGGGGGACUGCGCCUGCAGGUACCAGAAUGUGUCCCUGUCCUGUCUGUCACGGCGGCGCGAGGUUGAGCAGCAAACGAAAUGGGAGCUGCGGGAAGAGAAGCUUUUCCACUGGUCUGCACCAAAGGCGGGGUGUUUGUUUUGGGUUUUGAGACUUGGUGCUUCUGCAGAUGAGACGUACACAUCACGCGUAUGAUGAGACCAUUGCAACUACGGCAAUGCUGCUGCUAUGAAAUGGUGGGGCGCUUAAAAAAAAUUAAAGAACUACAUAGUGGCUCCUUAAAAUAGCAUUUUCACGUUAACGUUUUUUCCCCGUUGGGCAACUUUAUAGGAGCGCUUGGGGAAGUUGAGCAGAGUUUGUCAGCCGCUCGGGGCGGGAGGAGCGCCAGUAAAAAAGGCAUUGAGAGGGGGUUGUUGUGAAGUAUCUUUAGUGUGAGAGUCUAAGGGCAAAAAGGUUUGAUUUGCUUAUUCUAUAUUGGUAAUGUGGCUGGCAGUAGGACAGGUGGCCUUAAUUCUGGUAUUUCCCAGUUUUGAGCGCAUAAUGAGUGUGUAUAAAAAGCAAAAUUCUUUUAAUGUUGCUUUUUAUAUAUUAAAUGGUUUGUAGAAUAUAUUUGAAAUAUAUUAAAGUGGUUGGACUUUGC